CAGACAGCUGUCAGAGUGGGGCGACGCCAGGAACUAUCUUGAACGUGUACUAUCUUUGUCUGGACCAACAGCUGGGUGGAACUCUGACCAAAAAGAAGAGUAGACGCUUCUGUUACAUUUUCCGUAGGAAUGGCAGUUUGAGAGGGAGACAGGAUAGUUGUUGUUUUAGGGUGUAUUCUCAUCACUACGCCAUGGACUUUAAUGUAAAGCGGUUAGCCGCAGACGCCGGUACUUUCCUGAGCCGCGCGGUACAAUUUACAGAAGAGAAACUCGGCCAAGCUGAGAAGACGGAGCUGGAUGCCCACCUGGAGAACCUGUUGGUCAGAGCUGAAAACACCAAAGCAUGGACGGAGAAGAUAAUGAAGCAGACUGAGGUCUUACUGCAGCCCAACCCGAAUGUCCGACUGGAAGAGUUUCUGUAUGAGAAGCUGGAGAAGAAGGUCCCGACACGAAUGAACAACCACGAGCUGCUGGGCCAGACUCUGAUUGACUCUGGAAAUGAUUUUGGGCCUGGAGCUGCUUAUGGAAACGCUCUGAUAAAAUGUGGCGAGACGCAGAAGCAGAUCGGUGGAGCUGAGCGGGAGUUCAUCCAGAGUUCUGCCCUCAACUUCCUCACGCCUUUCAGAAACUUUCUAGAGGGCGACUUCAAAACCAUCCUGAAAGAGAGAAAGCUGCUGCAGGUCAAACGUCUGGAUCUGGAUGCAGCUAAAACCAGGUUAAAGAAAGCCCGGAUGCCUGAUGCCAGAGCUGCAGCAGAGCAGGAGCUGAGGAUGACCCAGAGUGAGUUUGACCGACAGGCAGAGAUCACCCGUCUGCUGCUGGAGGGCGUCAGCAGCACCCACGCGCACCACCUUCGCUGUCUGAAUGACUUUGUGGAGGCCCAGACCACCUACUACGCCCAGUGUUACCAGUACAUGGUGGACCUGCAGAAGCAGCUGGGCAGUUUCCCCUCAUCGUUCUGCAACAACAACCAGUCCUCCAUGCCAGGCGGGGCCGGCGUCUCUGUGCCCACCAUACCGGUGUCCGCCUCGCUGCCCAGCGUGUCCGCGGGUCGUCCCAGCGCCGCCGCGUCAGGAGGCUUCAACGAGCUGCGUAGCUCCAACGGCAUCCGCAAAGCUCGAGUUCUGUACGACUACGACGCUGCCAGCAGCAGCGAGCUCUCCCUGCUGGCUGAUGAGGUGAUCACGGUCAGCAGCGUUCCAGGUAUGGAUUCAGACUGGCUGAUGGGGGAGCGAGGAAACCAGAAGGGCAAAGUGCCGAUCACCUACCUGGAGCUGCUCAACUGACCCCCCCACCACCACUGGCUGUGAUCUCAUAUUUAUAGUGUUUCAGGGACGGACCUCAGUCUCCUCAUUCACUUUUAUUAUUAACGCAGCAGAAAGGAGCAGAAAUGGACCUAAUUCUCUUUUUCGUGCCUUUCUAAAAGUCUGUUUUGUUUGCUGUUUUUGCUGCCAUGCAACAUGAAAUGUGCCAGAACAUCUCCCAGAAAGUUUAACGUGUUUACAAGUCGUAUCUCAGAUGGUGACCUGAUGUUGUUCCUCAGCGACGACACUUGGAUUAAAAAACACUUUUAAGAAAAAAAGCACUUCUUCAUUUUGACACGAUUAGAGUCUUAUUUUGAUAGAGAUAAUCAUUUAGAGGAGCUGUUGUGAUUAUCCUAUAAAUCAGCUGUCAUUUUUCUGUCAGGUGAAACUUUAUUGGAAAGUGAGCAUUGUUCUUGCACGUUUAUUAGUUGUAAUACGGCCCUUUCUGAUAUGCAGCUUUCCCAUCAGUAUUGAGACUCAGCCUCUGAGUGUUGAAGCCAAAUAUUAUGAAUGGAAUAAUUGGAGAUCCACUGAGGUCUGGGAUUCAAUUCAUCAGCUGUGCAUCGUUUAAAAAACACAAUAUUUACUUUGUGGUCUUGUUCAGCUUGCUGUUUACUUUUUUAAUGCUUGAAAGAGAUUAACAUUAUUAUGACGUACUAACAUGUUUUGGUUUUAUCUCAGAUUUCAAUUUUAUGAAUUUUGCUUUCAAACUUUUUGUUGCAUUGUAUGAGAUUUAAGUAAAUGUGCUGUUUUGUGUGUACCUGAAAUGAGGGCAAGUGUAAAAUAAAUAUAAAAUAAGAA